UAGAGCAGCGAUGGACGAGGAGCUGAAGUGCCCGGUGUGCGGCUCGCUCUUCGACGACCCCGUGCUUUUACCGUGCUCCCACAGCGUGUGCUCGGGGUGCGCGAGGAACAUCCUCGUCCAGACCCCAGAGGGCGGCGAGAUGCCGGCGCACGGUCGCGCCCCGGGGACCCCGGACUACGACUACCUGGACACGGACAAGAUGAGCACCCACAGCGAAACGGACAGCGGCUACGGUUCGUACACGCCGUGCGCGAAGUCGCCGAACGGCGUCCGCGUGUUCCCGCCGGUGCACCGGCACUGCUCCAUCACGUGCCCGCUCUGCCACCGCAGCGUCUCCCUGGACGAGCGGGGGCUCCGCGGCUUCCCGCGGAACCGGCUGCUCGAGGCGAUCGUUACCCGGUACCGGCGGAGCCGCGCGACCUCCGUCAAGUGCCAGCUGUGCGACCGCAACCCGGUCGACGCCGCCGUGAUGUGCGAGCAGUGCGACGUGUGCUACUGCACCCCGUGCCAGCAGCGGUGCCACCCGUCGCGCGGGCCGCUGGCGAAACACCGGCUGGUGCCGCCAAAUCCCGCGCAGUGCGCCGUCCCGGGGCUCGCGUCGGCGGCCGCCGCGCGCAAGCUCGCGACGUGCGCGGAGCACGAAGCGGAGGACCACAGCAUGUACUGCGUCACGUGCAAAACCCCCGUGUGCUACCUGUGUCUCGAGGAAAGCAAACACGGGAAACACGACCUGAAGCCUCUCGCGGCCAUGUGGAAACAGCACAAGUGCCAACUCUCCCAGGCUUUGAACGGAGUGUCUGACAAAGCAAAGGACGCCAAGGAGUUUCUGGUCCAGCUGAAGAACCUGCUCCAACAGAUCCAGGAAAAUGGGGUAGAAUUCGAGGCGUGUCUGGUGGCUCAGUGUGACGCGUUGAUCGAAGCUCUCACGCGGCAGAAAGCCAAGCUUCUCACCAAGGUCACCAAGGAGAAAGAGAGCAAACUGAAGACGGUGAGAGACCAGAUCACACACUGCACUAUGAGGCUGCGCCAGACCACGGGGAUGAUGGAGUACUGCCUGGAGGUCAUCAAAGAGAACGACCCCAGUGGCUUCUUACUGAUAUCUGAUGCGCUGAUAAAGCGCGUGCAGGUUGCUCAGGAGCAGUGGGUGAAGGGAGCCCUGGAGCCCAAGGUUUGCCCCGAGUUUGCCCUGAAUGUCAGCACAGACCCGCUACUGCAGGCCAUCCUGAAGCUGGACUUCAUCCAGGCUAAAGCGGACAACCCCAACGCCCCCCCUGCGCCUCUGCUGCAGCUGGAGAAGUGCUGCAUGCAGAACAACAGCGCCACGCUGGCCUGGAGGAUAACUGUGGCCCCGGCGCUACCGGUGGAGGGCUACAUCCUGGAGCUGGACGACGGCAACGGCGGGCAUUAUCGGGAGGUGUACAUCGGGAAGGAGACGGUGUGCACCGUGGAUGGCCUCCACUUCAACAGCUCCUACAACGCUCGAGUCAAAGCCUACAACUCGAUUGGCGUCGGGCCCUACAGCAAGACUGUGGUCUUAAAGACGUCAGACGUGGCCUGGUUCACCUUUGACCCUACCUCAGCUCACCGGGACAUCGUCCUGUCCAACGACAACCAGACGGCCAGCUGCAGUAGCUAUGACGACCGCGUGGUGCUCGCCACUGCCACCUUCUCCAAGGGCACGCACUACUGGGAACUCAGCGUCGAUCGCUACGACAACCACCCAGACCCGGCGUUCGGUGUGGCGCGCGUGGGCGCGGCCAGAGACGCCAUGCUGGGCAAGGAUGAUAGGGCAUGGGCCAUGUACGUGGACAACAACCGCUCCUGGUUCAUGCACAACAACUCGCACACCAACAGGGCCGAGGGAGGGAUAGCCAAGGGCUCCACCGUGGGGGUCCUACUGGACUUGACGAAGCACACCCUCACGUUCUUCGUCAACAAGGAGCAGCACGGACCCGUGGCCUUCCAGAACCUGGAGGGCGCGUUCGUGCCGGCCAUCAGCCUCAACCGCAACGUGCAGGUGACCCUAAUCACAGGUCUAGAAGUGCCGAAGAACAUCAAACAAUGACCUCUGACCUGCGGGAACCGUCAUUGCAUUCCUGGAUUAGACGGGCUGGCGUGAGCUGUCCUUCCCUUUCUCAAGCAACACUCUGCCUUCCACUGGGAGAUCCACGAGGACAAUUGCUUUAUUACUAUUAUUUAUUUAUUAUUAUCCACCCCC